CCCGAAAAGCUUCCCACAUCCAAGUUGAGGCAUUUGGGUAAUUUAAUUUUCAUCCCCGGAGGCACUGGAGGGAGUGGAGAGAGAGAAGAGGGAGAGAGUUGCCAGUGACCGUCGUUCCUGUCUGCGAUGGCGGAGCUGAGGCACCAGUCGUCCAGCGUCCGGUCGAGCAGUUCGCCCAUGAAGCGCGACGAGGAUGCUGCUGCGAAAGUUAAGGAGGAGGACAGGCCGGAGGACGAGGCGGAGCCGUACCGCCCCCACCGGCACUACCACAUAAGGGAAAGAACCCGCUCCUUCGUCUCCAGGCUGCGCUCGUCGCUACCUUACGGGAGGGACCAGCUCUUCCGCUUCUACUCGCCCGAGCUCUUCGUCAAGCUGUUCUUCCCCGUCGCCGUCAUCUUUGUCUUAUUGGCCUUCAUCUCCGCACCAAUCCUCUGGAAUCGCCUCACUGCCCCAUACUUAUGCACACGAGAAGAUAUUGUUCUUCGUUGCCCGUCUGUGAAAGAGCCACCUUCACUUUGGGAAAAUCCCCACUCAGCUACCACGUCAUGGAAACCCUGUGCAGAGAGAAGACCAGAUGAAGUAUCUUUUCUCCCACCUGAAAAUGAGACUACUGGAUAUAUACUGGUCCAGGCUGAGGGUGGACUAAAUCAGCAGAGAAUAGCUAUAUGUAAUGCUGUAGCCGUUGCAAAAAUAAUGAAUGCGACCCUUAUUUUGCCACUUUUGAAGCAGGACCAGAUCUGGAAAGAUCAAACGAAAUUCGAAGACAUAUUUGAUGUUAAUCAUUUCAUUAAGUAUUUGAAGGAUGAUGUACGAAUUGUACGUGAUAUUCCCGAUUGGUUUCCUGAAAGAGCAGAGCUGUUCACAAGUAUAAGGCGUACGGUGAAAAAUAUUCCAAAAUAUGCAUCAGCACAGUUUUAUAUUGACAAUGUACUUCCUCGCAUUAAGGAGAAAAAAAUUAUGGCUCUGAAACCUUUUGUUGAUAGAUUGGGGUAUGAAAAUGUCCCGCCAGAAAUCAAUCGCUUGAGGUGCAGGGUUAACUAUCACGCUUUAAAAUUUUUACCUGACAUUGAAGAAAUGGCUGAAAAGAUAUAUGCGAGGAUGAGAAAUCGAACUGGCAGCCCUAGUCCUUACAUGGCUCUUCACCUAAGGUUUGAGAAGGGUAUGGUCGGGCUGUCAUUCUGUGAUUUUGUGGGGACAAGAGAGGAAAAAGCCAUGAUGGCAGCAUAUAGAAAGAAAGAAUGGCCUCGUCGCUAUAAAGAUGGAUCCCAUCUUUGGCAGACAGCACUGGAGAAGAGAAAAGAAGGGCGCUGUCCUCUUGAACCUGGUGAAGUUGCUGUGAUCUUACGAGCCAUGGGUUACCCAAAAGAAACACAGAUUUAUGUAGCUUCUGGGCAGGUCUAUGGUGGGCUCAACAGGAUGGCUCCCCUCAGGAAUAUGUUCCCCAAUUUGGUAACCAAGGAGGAUCUGACAAGCAAAGGCGAACUGGAAGGGCUGAAGAAACAUGUAACAAGUCUGGCUGCACUCGAUUUCCUUGUAUGCUUGAAGGCUGAUGUCUUUGUAAUGACUCAUGGAGGAAAUUUUGCGAAGCUGAUAAUGGGUGCUCGAAGAUACAUGGGUCACCGGCUCAAAUCCAUUAAGCCAGACAAGAACAUCAUGGCCAAGUCACUGGGUGAUCCUUUCCUUGGUUGGGCCAACUUUGUUGAAGAUGUUCUCAUUGCACAUGAGACAAAGACAGGGUUGCCUGAGCCUUCAUUCCCACAAUACGAUCUAUAUGAAAAUCCUCUAACCCCAUGCAUGUGUAGAACAUGAAACACAUUGUUUGUUCAUGCUUCUACGUUGUACCUUAUUGGAUCUCGUCUCCUUUUUAUGGUCUUCUCUUUCUGGUAGGAGAGUCAUGUAUAUCAAUUUUUGUCCAAAUAAUGUUGUUGUUAGCUAACUGUAGUUCAACGGACAGCUGUUGCCUUUAUAAGAGCAAAUAGCUUUCACCUA